AAAAAUGGGACAAUGGCUUUCUAGAGAGCCGGCUGACUAUGCAGCACUCCAUCGUUUUGAGUUUAAGGAGCUUCAAUGGACAGAGAAACGGAAACUAACUGGAAGUAUCAAGGCGAGUAAGUUCGGUGAUUGGGAAGGAUCACAUUUUGGAGUUGAAGGAUAUGUGGAGCCUGGGCGUAGGCGAAGAAUCGUAUUUCCGACCAAAGAUGAUCAUCUCGAUGAAUUGAAAAAAUUGAUUGAGAGCCGCGCAGGGAGCCGUCCAUUUGCGAAUUCCGAAGAGGAAGACUUGCUUCGCCUAAAGUACAAUCGUACCGUAAGAGCUCUCUCCAGAAAAUCAUUUGUGCUCCGAAAUCGCAUGACAUAUCUUCUCGAAGCACGAGCGGCUGGAAUUCCCAUUAAAGAUAACAUUAUGUUUUUAAAGCUUGUCAUAAAUUCUCUGUCCACCGAAUUCGAAGAAUUUUUCACCGACUCUUGCUACGCUGUCGAUAAACAUGUUCAACAACGCAAAAAGUACGCUUUGGACGCAUUCGAUUCACUGAAAGAUCUGGAAAAAGAGGUUGACAGAGAUGAAAAAAGUGAUGCUAAAGAUUUCGAAGAAGCCACAGACAAAGCCGAGAUUGUAAUUCAACAAAUCGAAGAGCUUUUCAAUCAAUACAACCGUACAUGGAAAAGCGUCUUAUUGGAUAUGAAACCAAAAAGAAUUGAUACAACUCUAUGGUGUGGUGAAGUUUCUCUUGAUGUUCCAGGGAUUCCACACAGACCACCUGUCUUUCUAGUUGUGGCUGAACAUCAUCUAGAAGAGAGAAAAAGGCCAACAAAAUCUUCGAAGACGGCUCCAGUGAAGAAUGAAGAUGUAGAAACUGUUCCAAGUUCACUGGCUGGUACCUCCCGUACGCCCAUUGCGAUUUUUGUGGAAGCGGAUCCGGAAACGACAUAUUUUUAAUUGCUUUGCUUGCAUUUUUAUUCUGCCUAACUAUGAUUUUUUGUCUUCUUAAAAUGCGUCAUGAAAUCCAAAAUUUGUCGGAUAUAAAAAAAUUUCCCUAUUACACUCACUUUUUCGCGCACCCAUUUUAAGCACUGGCACAUUUCGAUGAAUAAAUUCCACAAAAA